AGUCAUAACCUCGAGAAGACAAAAUCCCCACGAACUUCCAUACUCUUCCAGAAAGUACCAAAAGGAGUCUUUACCAUCUUCUAGCUUUUAUACUGAACAUACUUUACCUUCAGACAUAUCCAUCGUCUGCCUACUCACAAUUCAGACACCAAAAACCAUGUCAAUAGUUCCAAUUGGCAACCAGGAUGGCACAAUCACAAAUCCGUUCUCUUUAAACUCAUGGGAUCCUGAAGAUUUCUUCACUUCACUAGACCUUCGGGACCCGUUUCAAAACUUUCCAUUCCCUUCCGUACUUUCCACUCCAUUUCCUUCAUUGUCAAGGCAAACCCAGGUAAACUGGAGGGAAACAUCAAGAGCCCAUGUGUUUAGAGCUGUGUUUCCUGAUUUUGGCAGAGAAGAUGUGCUUGUUUACAUUGAUGAUGAUAAUAUGCUUCAAGUAAGCACCCAGGAUGGUAAGUUUAUGAGCAAGUUUAAGUUGCCUGAUAAUGCUAGAAGGGAUCAGGUCAAGGCUGAUAUGGUGAAUGGUGUGCUCACUGUUACUAUUCCUAAGGAAGAAGUUGCCAGUUAUAGGCCUAAUGUCAGGGUUGUGGAGAUCGAAGGUUCUGGCUGAAAAUAAUAUAAUAAUUAAGGACUAUAAUGUAGUUUGUGUGUGAUUAAGCUGUAAUUGGAGAUUGUAUGAGGGUGAUGGUAUGGCAUGUGUGUCUUUUUGUUUAGCAAGUGUGUGCAAUGUAAUGGCUUUGUCUUGCAAGUUCAACAGUGGCUUGGUGUUUGUGUUAAA